AUGUCACAAAUUGGUCAACCGAUGAAGACUACAGAUCUCUACGAUCAGCCACCACCACCAGCAGCAUCAGUAGCAUCAGCAGCGCCACCGCCGCCGGCAAAUGACCAACUCUAUGAACAACCGCCACUGGUUGACGAUGGGAAGCAAUCGACGGCAAGGACGAAAAGCGAAGAAGUUCAGCGACCUACAAAGCCACCCAGAAAACCGAGUACGAAAACAUCGAUGAAAUGUAGGCAUCUUUUUUGGGAUCUAUCAAAGAAAGAACAAAAACACGGGAAAACGAAAGGGAAAGAAGCAUGGCAAGUCUGAUACACCAAAGCGCCAGACUGCUCCAAAGAAAUCCUCUAAGAAGAAUGUCGAUGUGGAACAAACGGUCGUCAAAGUCCAACCAAAACCUCAGCCAAAACCAAAAAAGAAGGUGGUGGUAAAGAACAAGUGUGGUAUCUUUUCUUCGGUCUUGCUGACUCUUCUGGCUCUUGGUCUUGCUAUAGGCACUUCAAUGGCGGCUUUUUGUCAAUUAGAGGAGAUAAUUCCAAAAAGCGGGAAACGAAAGGGGAAGAAGCAUG